GUGGACUGAGUAGGCGUGGUUGUUGGUGUUAUCCCUUUUGUAGGGGUGCUUCUCGCUGUGGGCUUCUAUACUUUGUUGGAACGUAAAAUUUUGGCUAUCAUUAUAAUCCGAAAGGGUCCAUCCAAGGUGAGUUAUAUAGGGAUCUUGCAGCCUUUUAGUGAUGCAGGUAAGUUGUUAUGUAAAGAGUUUAUUGUGCCUACACGUGCUAACGUAGGGCCCUUCAUUUUGGCUCCUGCCCUAAUAUUAACUAUCAGUUUACUUGGAUGGCUUUUAUACCCUUAUAAGUCGGCUGAAGUGUUUUAUGUUUUCGGGGUGAUUCUGUUUAUAGUUAUUACUAGAGUCAGGGUUUACGGGGUAAUAAUAUCCGGAUGGGCUUCUAACUCUAAAUACUCUUUGCUAGGUGCAGUUCGUGCGAUGGCGCAAAGAAUUUCUUAUGAGAUCCCUAUAGGAUUUAUCUUCUUUUGUGUGGUGCUGUGCUCGGGUGUGUUUAUGUUUCAAGAAAUUAGGGUGUUCCAACAAAGGUCCUUUUUUUUCUUUUUUCCUUUGUGCGUAGUUAUAGUUGUCUGAAUGCUGUGUAUGCUAGCUGAAACUAAUCGGGCGCCAUUUGAUUUUGUGGAAGGAGAGUCGGAAUUAGUGUCAGGAUACAACGUGGAGUACAGCGGAGGGGGGUUUGCAGUUAUAUUUAUUGCGGAGUACUCUAGUAUUCUUCUCAGAAGGGUCAUAAGGGCGGCGAUAUUUUUCGGGGGAAAUGAAGCGUUGAUCGGGGUCUUUAUGAUGGUUUUUGCGGUCUUCUUUGUGGUUAUUCGUGCUUCUUUACCUCGUUUACGUUAUGAUAAGUUAAUGAGUUUGUGUUGGACUGUUCUUCUAUGUGUCAUACUUAUGGCUAGUGUGUGUGUGGUAGUUCUAGUUAGGGUGU